GAUGUGCGAGCGGGCGGCGCGCCUGUGCAGGGCCGGCGCGCACAGGCUGCUCCGGGAGCCGCCGCCGCAGGGCAGGGCGCUGGGCGGGCUGCUGCGCUGGGUGGGCGCCAGGAUGGGCGAGCCCCGGGCGCCGCUGGCCCCCGCAGUCCCCGCAGCGGACCCCGGCCCCAGCCCGGGCCCCGCCUCGCCGCGCGGGGGCACCGCGGUAAUCCUGGACAUAUUCCGCCGUGCGGACAAAAAUGAUGACGGGAAGUUAUCCUUGGAGGAAUUCCAGCUCUUCUUUGCAGAUGGCGUCCUCAACGAGAAAGAACUAGAGGGUCUCUUCCACACCAUCGACUCGGACAAUACCAACCAUGUGGACACCAAGGAGCUGUGUGAUUACUUUGUGGACCACAUGGGGGACUACGAGGACGUCCUGGCCUCCCUGGAGACCUUGAAUCACUCUGUCCUGAAGGCCAUGGGCUACACCAAGAAGGUGUAUGAGGGUGGGAGCAACGUGGACCAGUUUGUGACACGCUUCCUCCUGAAGGAGACGGCCAAUCAGAUCCAGUCCCUGCUGAGCUCGGUGGAGAGUGCGGUGGAGGCCAUCGAAGAGCAGACCAGCCAGAUCCGACAGAACCACAGCGUGGUGGAGACCUGGUCUGGGAGCUCCACUCCCGUCUACGCCCACAACCACAAGCUCACGGCCGUGGAGCAAGGGAAGAGCUUCCCGCUUGUCACCUCAGACUCCAGGGAGGAGGGCCUGGAAGCCCAGAUCAGCAGGUUGGCGGGGCUGAUAGGACGGCUGGAGAGCAAGACCCUUUGGUUUGACUUCCAGCAGCAUCUCUCGGAUGAAGAAAGCACCAACAUGCAUCUGCAGCUGGUCCGGCAGGAGAUGGCCGUGUGCCCUGAGCAGCUGGUCGAGUUCCUGGACUCCCUGCGUCAGUACCUGAGGGGCACCGCCGGAGCCAGGAACUGCUUCCACAUCGCUGCCGUGAGGCUGGCGGACGGCGUCACCUUCGUGGUCUACGAGUUCUGGGAGACAGAGGAGGAGUGGAAGAUGCACCUGCAGAGCCCCGUGUGCAAGGCGUUCCGGCACGUCAAGGUGGACACGCUGAGCCAGCCCGAGGCCCUCUCCCGGAUCUCCGUGCCAGCUGCCUGGUGCACCCUGGGCCGCGACUGAGCCCCUGCCGCCCUGCUCCCUCUGAUGAAGGACGUGCACUCUUUUCUAGAAACUGUGGUAUACGAGCUGUCUUUUCAGUAGAAGAAGGUCUUUUCCCGCUGGUUGAAGUGAAGGCG